AUAUUUUGUUGUUGUAAAGUUACUAGCCAGUAUAAUACUAUAAUAAGAGUUAAGUUAGAAUUGUAGUCCAGUACUUUUGUUUCAAUAAAAUUGAUAAGAAUGGGUUUAUUAUUUGCCGACGCCAAAGAUCUUGUAGGAAUCAAAAAGACGUCGGAUAUAAAUUAUAUGCGUGUUUUAAAACUUGGACUAAAAGUUAUAUUUUGUUAUCCGCAUAUAGAGGGGGAAUUGCAGUCGAAAUACGUCAUACUAGGAAAAAUCUGGGUAACGCUUCUUUCAAUCGCGACCCUUUCUGGGCAAAUUCUUUAUUUAUAUCACAAAACGGGAAAGAUAAUUUUUCUUAAAUUAGGACAUACAUAUAUAACAACAGCUAUGAAUAGUGUAGUUUCAUUCAGAAUAAUGCGUACAUUUCUCAAGAGUUAUAACGAAAUAAUGAAUGACUUCAUGAUUAAAAUACAUAUAUUCAAUCACAAGGAUAGAUCUGAAUACGCGCUGAAAAUACAAAUUAUAAUUCACAAAGCGUCCCAUUUCGUUACAGUGUUUCUUAACAGUGGUAUGAUUUUUGCGAUAAUUACUUUCAAUAUAGCACCUUUGUAUAAUAACUAUAGGUCGGGUGCUUUUAAUGAUUACAAAAAUGGUAACGCGUCAUUUGAACACUCAGUUUUCUUCUAUAUUCCUGAAGAGUACGAAAAUAAUAUAAUUAUUUAUACAGCGAUUUUUAUUUCGAAUUGGUAUGUGUCAUUAAUGUGUGCUAUGCUAUUUAUACAGUUUGACUUGAUAUUGUGUCUCAUGAUAAUAAAUCUCUGGGGACGUUUCAAAAUUCUUAUUCAUAGCUUAGAAACUUUUGGGGAGUCGUUUCAUUUUGAAACAUUUAAUAAUACAACACAAGAGGGGUUUACUGUCAACCAAUCAACGGAAGUCAAUAAAAAGCUUGAAGACAUUAUUACACAUCAUCAAGUUAUAAUUAAAUUCACAUCAAAGCUCUCUUCAACUUUUGGUCCGGUGUUAUUACAUUAUUAUAUUUUCCACAUAGUCACUCUGUGUAUUUUACUCUUGGAAUGUUCUAAGAUGGACCCUGACGCCUUGACACGUUACGGGAUCUUAACUUUUCUUGUUGUUGAACAGCUUAUUCAAGUAUCAGUAGCGUUUGAAAUACUAGAAACUAUGAGUUCUAAACUUGAAAAAGCUGUGUACUACCUACCGUGGGAAUGUAUGAAUGUUUCUCAGAGGAGGGUGGUACUUAUAAUGUUGAUGCAAGCCCAAAGAGGCGGGACUGUUAAAGCAUUGGACAUGGUGAAUGUAGGAGUACAAACAAUGGCUGCAAUAUUAAGGACAUCGUUCUCUUACUUCAUUAUGCUACAAGCACUUGAAAAAGAGGAGUCAUAAAUGCUCGUAUUAAGAAUACAAAUUCGUUCAGGAUAUUUAUUUUAUUAUAACUUUCAUCCACAACUUUAAGCGCACGGUUUACCUCUUCGAUGUCACCUAAAUAUAACUUAAAGCAGCACGUUUUUUUCUUCUAAUACUUGUAAGGAUAAUGAAACUAAAUAGUUUAGUUUCUUAUUAUCCAUAUAGUUAGUAGUACAUUAGGUAGUAAUUAAUUUAAAUGUUUGCAUAUCUAAUUACAUGUAACAGGUAGGGAAUAAAAAAAAACUGUAUUU